AUGUCAUUAAGCAUCAACACAAAUAAAAUGGCGACGACACCGACCCGUCCUCUCCCGGAACUGAGGCGAGAUUGGGGACCUUGCUGCGGCCUGAAGCCAAUCCGCCAGGGGAAAGGUCUGGAAUGGGUGCUGGUAGUUUGUGUCCGGCUAGGUUUCCCUCCCAGUCCAGCAACGACGAUCCUUGGGUCGUCCCGAUAGGACACGGGGCAAAAAGGGUUUUUCCUAAGGGACCGCUAGUGCCAAUUUGGAGGGCAUGGCAGGGGCCGACAAGAGCUAAUGAGUUAAUCCUUAGCUCUAACCCUAGUCUGGCGACGUGAAGCACAGUGACCCAGUCCGCUACUUCCGGGAUAGCAUGACCAAGCCCCAUGACCGGAAGGAGCUGAGUGGUAGCCUGUGGCACUUAGGUGCACACUGGGAGCAAGGGCAAGGAAAGCAAGCGAGGCGUCCAAAGGUGGAAGAAAAGGACCUCGGUCCUAGCAGGGAGCUACUCUAUAAAUUUAACUAAGACUAAGACUAAGGCUAAUUCAUUAAGCAUCAAUUUAAAUUCAAUUAUCCUUAUCUUCAGAAGAUCAGCUGAAUUUUUAUCUAUCAGUGAUACCCUAAAUUUGCUGUCCCUAAAUAAAGCUUUUAAAUCAGAACUUCCAAAUGAUGAAUGAUUCCGAAGAUUAUGCCUUUUAAUCCUUUCUGAUAUAUUUAACGACCAAAUAAUAGAUGAUAACAACUCGUUCUCUCUUUUAUCAGAACUUCUCGGCUGCUCAUUCACGAAUUUUCGAGAUAUUUAUUCCUCAAUUAAGCAUUCUUACAAUUUAAUCAAAAAUCCAUGCGGAGAAUUUGGCUUUAAUUAUUGGAAUUCUUAUUCAGGACCGUGAAUUAUUGAAAAUUCAGGCUGUUGAAGUAAUAAAAAAUCAACAUAUGUGAGUGGUGCAUUUUGGUGCCAUCUUACCCAGAUAGUUGAAUUUCCAGAAAAUUCUCGACCAAAAUUAUUAGUUAUUGGAAGCCCUAUAAGGAGAAAAGACGUUAAUGGAGGUGAAGCAAGACUUGAAGUUGAACUUAUUAAAGAAGGAAAUAACAAAGAAAAAAAUGUUAAAAAAUCAAGGUUAUUCCCUGCUUGAAAAAGAGAACAAAAUAAAAGAUCGAUUUCUAUUAAACCACCAUUGACAGAACCAGAUAGCCAAGGGCUAUGCAAUUGAGGACAACUGAUAAUGAAAAUAAAAUUAAAUAAAAACUAUAAGAAAGCAUCCAUAUCAUUUUAUGGGAAAGAUGAGAAAUACUGGAAAGGAGCUUUUGGAACAAGAUUUGGAUAUUGCUACGCAAGAAUAUUUUAUGUGAACUAA